UCAUAAGAUGAUAUGUUAGCCCUGUGAGGUUGGAGUGGAGAGAAAGGACUGCUGCAAAAUGCAAAAUGUAUCCAUCUUGAUCUCUACAAGAAAAUUCAUUACCCUUCAUCCUGCCCCAUUGAGGCAAGACCAAAAGAGACUGCUGGAAAAAUAGAUGAUUGGGAUAGGAUAAUGGUAUUCCACAGCUUACAGUCAUUCAUAAGGCAAAGUGAAUAAUGUCUAUCAUCUAUCUAUCUAUCAUCUAUUAAUUUAACUUACAUAGAGUCUCACUAUAAGCUAAUCAUUGUUCUAAGUGUUUUGAAAUAUUAACUCAUUGAUGAGGAAGGAGCAUUCAUAACAUAGUGAACUCUGUUUUGUAUUUAUGGCUUAAAAAGAAAGACUAAUGAUAACAUCAUAAAACAAAACCUAGCUAUAGUCACAACAUUUUGAAUCAUGAAAGGAAGGUCAGACCUGGUAGAGAUUCCUUUCAACUAAUCUUGACUGGGAGAUAAGGUUUCUGCGGAAGUCAAUGGAAGUCAACAGACUGUCCUUCACUUUUUGAAGAAUACACCAUGGGCUCCAAUUCCAUAGAUGCCCUACAUAGAUUCCAACUACAGUUGGAAUCAGUGAUGAUUUCAUUGUUACCAUGUUUUUUUCUCUUCAGUCUCUAAUGUGUUUUUAUUUUCCUCCCUAAUGAUUUCCCUUGGUUUUACUUUCCAAACCACUGAAAGGGAUAGAUUCCCUUAAGCAUUUUGAAGUAGAGUGGAAAUUAUUUCACUGCAAUGGCUAGCAAUUAUCUCAGAGACCGGAGGCUGUCAGGGUUACUAGGCAAGACCUGCAGUUAUCUGAAGCACAUCAAUUCUGAAAAAUACCAGGUUUAGAAGUAAAUAGUCUCUUUAACAGAUGAUUAUAAUAGUCAUCACCUGCAAUAUUUUUCUGCAUUCAGAUGAGAUUUUUAGAAGUAGUAGUAUAAAUCUAAGUAAUAACUAAAAUAUUACUAAAUAAUUAAAAUCUUUAAAAUAUUUAAAAAUGAAGAAUGAGUCCAAAAGUAGAAUUAUCCUAUGUACUCCAAGGCUGAAAAUGAAUUUUUAGAAUAAUGCUGUCCAGUAGAACUUUCUGUGAUGAUGGAAAUGCUGUUAUCUCUACUGUCUAAUAUCAUAGCCACUGGCCACCUAUGGCUGUUGAGCAAUUGGUAAAUUGGCUAAUUGAAUUGAGGAACUGAAUUUUAAAAUUAUAUUUAGGCCUUCUGCCCCUGGACGCUGCUGAGUAAGCAUCGUUAAAGUCUCCCCUCCCACUGCCAUCAUGCCUAAGUCAGAGUCUCCCAAAGAGCCUGAGCAGCUGUGGAAGCUCUUCAUCGGAGGUUUGAGCUUUGAAACAACCUAUGAGAGUCUGAGGAGCCAUUUUGAACAAUGGGGAAUGCUUUUGGACUGUGUAGUAAUGAGAGACCCCAACACCAAGCGCUCCAGAGGCUUUGGGUUCGUCAGGUACGCCACCGUGGAGGAGGUGGACGCGGCCAUGAAUGCAAGGCCACACAAGGUGUAUGGAAGAGUUGUGCAACCAAAGAGGGCUCUCUCACGAGAAGAUUCUCAAAGACCUGGUGCCCACUUAAUGGUGAAAAAGAUUUUUGUCGGUGGCAUUAAAGAAGACACUGAAGAACAUCAUCUAAGAGACUAUUUUGAACAGUAUGGGAAAAUUGAAGUGAUUGAGAUCAUGACUGACUGAGGCAGUGGCAAAAAAAGAGGUUUUGCUUUUGUGACAUUUGAUGACCAUGACUCUGUAGACGAGAUUGUCAUUCAAAAAUACCAUACUGUGAAUGGCCACAACUGUGAAGUAAGGAAAGCCCUAUCGAAGCAAGAGAUGGCUAGUGCUUCGUCCAGCCAAAGAGGCUGAAGUGGUUCUGGAAACUUUGGUGGUGGUCGUGAAGGUGGUUUUGAUGGGAAGGACAACUUUGGUCAUGGAGGGAACUUCAGUGGUCAAGGUCGCUUCGGUGGCAGUCAAGGUAGUGGUGGAUACGGUGGCAGUGGGGAUGGCUAUAACGGAUUUGGUAAUGAUAGAAGCAACUUUGGAAGUGAUGGAAGCUAUAACGAUUUUGGCAAUUACAACAAUCAAUCCUCAAAUUUUGGACCCAUGAAAAGAAGAAAUUUGGGAGGCAGAAGCUCUGGCCCCUAUGGUAGUGGAGGCCAAUACUUUGCCAAACCACGAAACCAAGGUGGCUAUGGUGGUUCCAGCAGCAGCAGCAGCUAUGGCAGUGACAGAAGGUUUUAAUUACUGCCAGGAAACAAAGCUUAGCAGGAGAGGAGAGCCAGAGAAGUGGCAGGGAAGCUGCAGGUUACAACAGAUUUGUGAACUCAGCCAAGCACAGUGAUACAAAGAAGACAUGUUUUAGACAAUACUCAUGUGUAUGGGUAAAAAACUCGAGGACUGUAUUUGUGACUAAUUGUAUAACAGGUUAUUUUAGUUUCUGUUCUGUGGAAAGUGUAAAGCAUUCCAACAAAGUGUUUUAAUGUAGAUUUUUUUUUUUGCACCCAUGUUGUUGAUUGUUAAAUGUAAUAGUCUGAUCAUGAUGCUGAAUAAA